CGAGAUUACAAACCCGAUUAAGGAGGAGGAGGAAGAAGAAGAAGAAGAGCGUGUUGUUUGUUUAGGUUUUCGCAGGCAAAAUGGGGAUUCUCUCCUCCUUUGUCUCUGUUUUGGGACUCUUCGUCCUGCUCGCGUUCACAUCGGCGUCCUCGGAUGUGUUCGACAGCGUGCUGGGAAACACGGCCUCCUGUCACAAGUCCUGUGAAAUGACAUACAGUUUGCACACGUAUCCGCGGGAGGAAGAACUGUAUGCCUGUCAGAGAGGCUGCCGUCUGUUUUCCAUUUGUCAGUUCGUUCGUGACAGCGAAGACCUGAAUCAGACCAAAUCCGAGUGUGAAUCAACCUGUCGCGAAGCCUACACCCAGUCUGAUGAGCAGUAUGCUUGCAACCUGGGCUGCCAGAACCAACUCCCAUUUGCCGAGCAACGCAAUGAGCAGCUGGAGGCCAUGAUGCCUCGGAUUCACCUGCUCUACCCCCUGACUCUUGUCCGAGGGCUUUGGGAGGAUGUCAUGAAUCAGGCCCACAGCUUCAUCACUUCCACGUGGACGUUCUACCUCCAGGCCGAUGAUGGCAAAGUUGUCAUUUUCCAGAGUGAGCCACAAGUCAGGUUUUUCUCCCCGUUUGAAGUGGAAAAAGAAGUUAAAGAGGAGCCACUACAGAGCUUCCCAGGGUUGAGCAGCCCAGUUUACAAAGAAUACCAUCGCACUAUAAUCCAGGAGAGGGACAGAGAUAUGACCGGGGAUCGCAACUACGAUGAUGAAUACAACCUCUUCAGCUGUCUCUCCAGGAACCCGUGGCUACCAGGGUGGAUCCUUACCACAACUCUGGUCCUGUCUGUGCUGGUCCUGAUCUGGAUCUGCUGUGCCACUGUGGCAACCGCUGUAGACCAGUAUGUACCUGCUGAGAAACUGAGCACUCUACAUGGUGACAAGGCAGUACAUGAAGGAGUCGAAACUGACCCCCCAUAUUCCAGCCGUCUCCCUCUGAUCAUCCACUCCAAAGGGCCAGAGGAAGAGCCGGCGCCACUCCCCUUCCACAUAACUCUAACUGGGCAGCUCUGA